AUGUUGCAAACUGGAAGUGGGGUACAAAGUUUGUUUGGAAAUCCAUUUAGUUCAAAUGGAUUCAAUACAUAAAACCCUCCAAGGAGUAAUAUCCUGUCUAAUCAUACUUUCAAUAACCAAUUCAAUGCUGCUUUUGGAAUCCCAUUAAAUGAGAAAGAAAAGAAACUCUAAGAUUUUAGACAAAAUUAUCAUUCAAAACUGGAUGGCUUCACAGAUGAUCUAAAGUGCUUUAUCUGCUUAUCCUUUGUUUGCGUGCCCUUGUAAUUCUAAUGCUGCAGCAAACUCAUUUGUAAAGAAUGUUUUCUAAAGUUAUAAGGCAAAGCUUAAUUCAUGUGUCCUUCUUGUAACAACUAAUCUAGAACAGUUAAUCCUCCUGAUAGCUUAAUCUUGGAAAUUAUAGAUCAAUUUAGAGUCUCCUGCCUUGACUGUAAAACAACAUUCAAUUAUGGGGAUUCAGAUUCUCACUUUAGAACAUAAUGCUUAAGCUUACAAAAUAAUAAAGUUAAAAGUAACUAAUCUGAUAAGAAGAAAGACAUUAAUGAAAAACUGAGUAAAAUUUCUCAAGAGGAAAGAAAAAAGAAUGAAGAUUUCUCAAAACAGAAGAUGGAUUAGCUUUCAAUUGCAGCUAUGCUAAACAGUGAACUCUCAACCUAGAUUUUUUAGAAUAACCAGAUCAAAAGUGAUAUUAAAUACUUGAGUAAAUGCAAACAUUCUUGUAAAAGAGCUUAGCAUAACAUCAUUAGCAAUAAAACUUAUUUGAAGAAAUUGAUCAUCAAUGAUACUUAAAUUGCUUGCUAUCAAAUUAACUCAUAUGAAUGCAGCAGAUGCAAAUUGAAACAAGUUACUGAUAAUUUAGAUUUUGAAGUUACUUGUCCGAUUCUAGAUCAUGUGUUUUAAGCUCAGACUCUCUAAAAUAAUAGCAUCUCAUUAAAAGAUCAGGAGUUAUUAUGCCUAACUUGCUCGAAUAAUGUUAAAGUAUCAGAUAAAUAUUUCUCUUGCAGCGAGAGGUCUAAAGAUUGUUUGAUUAUCUGUGUAAACUGUGCUGAUAAUUCUAAACUGGUAUUCAAAACUCUCCAAGACAUGUAUUUUUCAUCUAUUGAUAAGCUUCAGCCAAUUGAGAAGAACUAGAGACACCCUCAUUCUUUACACCAUGAUAUUUCCUUCACUAAACUUGAAUGUAAUUCUAAAGUAUGCAUAUUUUAAUAGGAGUAGCCUAGAUACGAUUAUUGGUAUUGCAAGUAAUGUGAUUUCAAAUUGUGCUAUAAUUGUACUAGAUAUUGA